UGCCCAUUCGUGCAAUUGGUUGCCAAGUGCCUGUGUGUCAGGCCGCCCGGAACUGCCCCGGAAGAAGGAAGCGGCGCCCGGAGAGGACUGCAGCACAGGAGGCAGCGGCUCCCUCGGUGACCCGAUAAGAGAGUGCCCGCUGUACCGUGUGCGGGCGGAAGGCGCGGGGGCACAGAAGACGCCUGGGCGAGACGAGUCAGCGGGUGUCAUAGCGCUCGGGUGUCGGGCACCGGGUGUCAGGAUGUUGCCGCUGUCUAUUAAGGAUGAUGAGUACAAGCCGCCGAAAUUCAACCUCCCGUGGAAAGUGUCCGGCUGGAUCAGGUCAAUCUUCUCAGACUCCACUUCUAGGAACCUCUUCGGCUUCCUCUGCUUGAAUCUCUCCUUUGCGUUUGUGGAGCUUUUUUACGGGAUAUGGAGCAACAGCUUGGGCUUGAUCUCCGAUUCCUUCCACAUGUUUUUUGAUUGCACAGCCUUGUUAGCCGGCCUAGCGGCUUCUGUAAUUUCCCGGUGGAAGACAAAUGAAGCGUUCUCAUAUGGGUUUGUGCGGGCAGAAGUCCUGGCGGGUUUCGUGAAUGGUCUCUUCCUGAUCUUCACGGCUUUUUUCAUCUUCUCAGAAGGCGUGGAGCGGGCACUGGACACACCUGAGGUCCACCAUGAAAGGCUACUUCCAGUUUCUGUCCUGGGGUUCCUUGUAAACCUCGUUGGAAUAUUUGUGUUCCAGCAUGGCGGAAAUCAUGGACACUCACAUGAUGGCGGUCAUGGGCAUAGCCAUUCUUCAGUUAAUGGUUCCUUGAGUCACGGGCACAGUCAUAGUGGAGGUCACGGGCACAGUCACGGAGAAGAUCAUGGACACAGCCAUGGAGGGAAUCACAGCCAUAAACAUGGUUUUGGUUCCUCUUGUCCAGAUGAACCACCUGAGGAGCAUAGAGGAUCUAGCAAACAGAUUUUAGAAGGGGUAUUUUUGCACAUUGUUGCGGACACACUGGGGAGCGUUGGUGUGAUUAUCUCCACUAUCCUGAUGCAGCGGUAUGGAUGGAUGAUUGCCGAUCCAAUCUGCUCAAUGCUGAUCGCUUUACUUAUCUUUGUCAGUGUUAUUCCGUUACUCAAGCAGUCUAUCGGUAUCCUGAUGCAGAGAACUCCCCCAGUUUUGGACAAUUUACUUCCAGAAUGUUACCAGCGGGUGCAGCAGCUGCAGGGGGUUUAUCAUCUCCAUGAGCCACAUUUCUGGACUCUCUGUACUGAUGUUUAUGUUGGGACCCUGAAACUGGUGGUAGGACCUGAGGCGGACGCUCGCUGGAUUCUCAGUCAGACUCAUAAUAUUUUCACCCAGGCUGGUGUCAGGCAGUUGUAUGUACAGAUAGACACUGCAGCCAUGUAAACCUUCAUCUGACCUCCUCCUCCGGACCAAAGCACCAACGUUAACACUAGGACCUGAGCUCAUGCUCUGAAAAAGCCACUGCAGGGAUGCACCCAUUGGGACCAAGUAUCUCCACAUGAUGACCUUGUUUGGAGAGGGGUCUCCCAUUAGUGCCACAUUUCUUCAAAUACAAGUCUACUUUUUAUACAGAAUACGGACCGCAUGUCAGACGUUGCCUUCUUCUCGCAUCUUGUUGGGUCGCUGUCCACAGGAUACCCGUUGCCUUGUUUGGGCUUAUAUUUAAAUGUAAUACCAUCCUAAAUACAAUCAUUCUCCCAGUCGUACCAUCUAGUGUAUAAGCACCUUAGGCAUAUUGACUCUGGAUUUACUUGUACUGUGAAGUCACAUUGGGACCUUCCACAUCUAGAAACUGAGGGCAGCACUAGAAUUUAUUUAAAAAAAUCUCAUGUCCAGGUACGAAUGUUUUUAAUCUGGCCGUCCUUCCUAUCAGCACAUAGGAGGCUGCAGUCUAUUGCAUGGCAGGGAAUGCUUUGUAAUCGUUUGCAGCCCUCUGUUUCGGAAUCUCCUGCAAAAGGAAACAAGGAUUUUUGUAAGAAGUGUAGAUAUCUGUGACCAGUGUUAAACAUAGCUGAACUAUCCACACUGCCAGUGAGGAAAGUGAUCCUAGACUAUGUAUGUAGUUAUCGCCGCCCCCCUCCCAAAUGGAAACUGGACAGAAUUCUUACCCAAGUGCCUUCCCCAACCGUAAAGUUGGGAAACUUGAAGUUCCGGCAGCACGAGGAGGGGUGAGAGUCGCUCUUAACGUCGCCUUGCUUGUGACUUACUAUUCUACAUAUCGAGCUUGGAACAUGAUGCAAAAUGAGGUGAUGUCCGCCUGUUGAUCUUGCACAGACUCUACUUGCCUUUUUUUAUGGGACGUAACAGCAAUCUUCUGGCAAUGAGGUUUAGACCAUGGGAUAACUAUUCUCAUUCCAGGGUGUACAGCGUUCUCCGUGGAGGUUCAAGUUCAGCACAAGGGCUAGAGAAUUAUGUCCUGGGACGUGAAUACUUAGGUGAAAAUGCAUUCUGCUUUUAUCCUCCACCACGGUUAUUCUUUUUUUAUUUUUUUAUUCUUUGUAUUUUGAAAUCAAUGGCUUAUUGAUGGGAUAGGCCAUCAAUGUCAGACACUUGCGGGUCCCACCUCUGGGACCUGCUCCUAUCUCCAGAACUGGGCCUCCAAAGUAAGAGAAAAUGCCACGCAUCCACAGUCGCCUCUCUAUUCACCACUAUGGGAGUGCCAGAAAUAUCCAAGCCAGCGCUCGGUAUGUUUCGGAACUCGCAUAGCAUUGAACGGACGGUGGCCACUCGUGUUUGGUCGCUCUCCCUUCCCUUGGGAGGCCCGUUCUGGAGAUGGGAGUGGGGCCCAGGCAUAUCCUGAGAUAGGAAUAUCCCCUAAUUUUGCUUUUCUGUGUUUCCUUGUGUGUGGUAUAAAAGUACCAGAUCCACUUGUGUUAUUGAACCGUGCCAUAUUUUCCGUCUUUCAUUUUAGGACAGCUUGUUUUACACAAACAUGUUAUUUCCGUGCCUCCCUUGUUUUAAUUUAUUUUCCCUAAAAAAAAAAAAACACACUAGGUGGUAA